UACGUUAUUGUUUUGGGUUCAAUGAGCACCAAUAUAAACACACUCGUGACAAAGAAAAUGAACUUUGGAACGAAAAGAGCAAUGGCUUCUUACGCAGUUUGGGCUUUAAUUUCCUUUGCAGUGUUAUCUUUGGGGAGCUGCAGAUAUGCAGAAGAUGAGGACUCUGCUAGAAACUUAUUCAAGUUGUGGCAGAAAGAAUAUGAGGUACAGUAUGACAGCUAUCUCCAGGCGGAGGAAAAGUUCCAUGUUUUCUGGGACAACAUCAAGUACAUCAACAACCUUAAUAAGGAGUACAGUGGUGAGACAGAGUUCGCCCUGAACCAUUUUGCUGCCAUGACAACCAAAGAAUUCAAGCUGAAAAUACUGAUGCCAAAAAGACAGCCGCCAGUUUUUGAUGAAUCAAGAUAUAUCCGUGAUAGACUGGGUCGAGACAUUCCAGACUCAUUUGACUGGGUAGAGAAAGGAAGAGUGACACCAGUCAAGGACCAAGGGGAUGUUGGCACUUGCUGGGCCUUCAGCGCUGUUGAGAAUAUGGAGGGUCAGUGGAUAGCCGCGGGUCAAAAGAUGACCAACUUAUCUGUGGAGCAAGUCGUGGAAUGUGACAGUAACGUGGAUCACUCAGGGAACUCCACACAUGCGGACUGUGGUGUGUUUGGUGGAUGGCCGUACCUUGCAUACCAGUAUGUUAUGAAGGCUGUACAACUAAAACCUAAAGCCCCGUAG